AUGAUGCGUGUCGCGUUAACGGCAGUGGCUGUGCUGCUAUGUACGCUAUGUGCGUCGGCUAUCCCCGUUAGUGACGUAUUUGGGGAUGAUCGUUCGCUCACAAAGGGAAAUUUCUCACUGACCAACAAAGGUGUUUGGCUCAUUGAGUAUUAUGCACCUUGGUGCCCACAUUGUCGGGCCUUCGCACCUCAAUGGCACAAGCUGGUGGAACGUGUGGAUUAUAUGUCGAAAGAUCCAGUAAAUCCAUACACGCUUGCGCGUGUAGACUGCGUAGCUGAAGCCGCGCUGUGCAGAGAGCAGCACGUCGACUCUUUCCCCAUGGCCAAGCUGUACAAGAACGGCAAGAUGGUCAUGGACAAGGUGUUUGCCAAAACGUCGCGUGAUAUCAAAAAGCUGGAAGAGUUCAUUUUUGAAGGAUAUGCUGCCCUGCACCCUGAUAAGGCUUCCCUCACGCCCCCUGGUGGCGCACCAAGUAACAAACUACAGCCCGUGAAGGAGCUGACUGAGUUUGGACAGGCGCCCAUCGAGACGCAAGAGGAUUUAAACCGUUUUUUGGGAAAGGAUGAGGGACAGGGUCCCUCUCUGAUCAAAUUCUAUUCGCCGUGGUGCCCACAUUGUCGUGCCAUGGAGGCCGACUAUGCGAAUGCAGCUCGUGAAAUGGUUGGACAGGUCAAUCCGCUGGCGGUCGACUGCAAUAAAUACAGCGAUGUGUGCCAAGAAUUUGGAGUAGAAGGCUUUCCUCACGUAAAGCUGGCUUUCAAUGGCGAGUACACGACAUAUCCCGAUGAUGACCAGUUUGGACGCGAAAAGGAUCAGUUCCUUGCUUGGCUUCGCGUCAUGAAUGUCUUGGACGCAAUUCACGAGGUCACGGCUUCAAUGUGGUACACGGUAGUGAAGAAGAAGAAGCAGACAGUGCUGUUUGUGGGACCAAGCUCCGAGGAUGAGCGCCAGCUGGUGCAGAAAGUUCGGUCGCGUAUCAACUCUGACACACAAUUUUUGACGACCAAAGACCCGGCUUUGUUACAUCGCUUUGGUCAUAACAAGGCACUGCUCGUAUUCAACGAAAAUAUCCACCGCCCUUCGGCCGUGCUACCUCUUGUCAAUGCAGCAGGCAUGCCGCAUCAGCAGGCGGUCGACAAGAUUACGGAGUGGAUCGACAACCAAAGCAAGCCACCCGUGCAGCAAGUUAUGCAGUUGACGGCCGGAGAAAGCUUGCACCAGCUGCCAGGUGUCGUUGUGGUCGCUUUAAACAGCAAAUCUAAUAUGUUUGACAAGCAAGUGGAGCAGAUGCGAAAGCUGUCCCAGAAAUGGCGCUCAUCCCCGAAUCUUGCCCAUAAGUCGUAUUCAUUCCUUUUUUACGACAUGAACCGUGAUGGUGAUCUGCUCAAGGAAGUAUUUGAUAUCAGUGUCAAGAGCGCACCGUCGCUGUACGUCUUGAGUGACUUGGACGGUCAAGUGUACAUGUACCCUUCUAUCACUCGCUGGAUGAAUCCGGAGAAAAUCUUGAACUGGUUGGAGGACGUGGAUCAAGGCCGCGUCGAGGGCGGCACUAAAGACUCUUUGCUGGCACGCACAAUGGAGGCUGGUGCGUCGUCCACGGAGAAUGUGAGUCCCUUCUUACUAUUAAUACUGCUGGUGGCAGUUCUAUUCCUCAUCCCUCGUGUCCGCCGCUUCAUUUUCCGCUUGUUUUCAAGUGUACGAUCGAACCGAAAAAUUGUAUAA